AUGUCGCAAAAUGAAGAAAACAAAUCCUUGGAGAAAGCAAUCAUAUUUGAAACGAUUAGACUACCUUCAGUUUACAAUGUGGUAAGUUUCGUCGUCUUUUAGUGUGAUUAUUCUGUCUAAUUUGCUUGGACUUGCUGGUUCUGCCGAAAGGCCUUAUUUUUUCUGGGAAUUUUGGCAUGUAAAUGGUUAGAAUGAGGUGUUUUGGAUAUAAUUUGAUGAAUGCUUUUAGGCGACCUUAAAUGACAAGGUCUUGCGAGCUCAACACUACAAAUUAAGCCAAAAGUUUCGGGUAAAACAACGACAGAUCAAUCAAUUGGAGAAGAGGAUUGAAGAACUUGAGAAUGUGCAUGCUUAUGAUGAUCAACUGAUCUGUGCUUUGAAUCGACAAUGGAAUCUGGUUUGUUUUUACUUGAUUUGUCUAAAAUUUUAGAGGAAACACGACGGAACGAGUUAGUUCUUUUGAAUAUUAACUAUAAUAUUCAUGUUAGUAAAAUUUAAGAUUUUUUGGCUACCUAUUUUGACAUAAGAAUAAACCUUUUUUAUUAAUGGUUAUACUAAUUAUAUUGUUUAGCUAGACGACAUGUUAAUGGAUAUUCUGAAGCAGAAGACGGUUGAAGAGUUAGAAGCAACAAAUUCAACGUAUCAUCGGCUAGAAACCAACUUCUUGACUCUGAUUUCUGAAUUAAAUACAGAAGAAGUUACUGACAAGUUGGAUAAAAGGGUACACUUUAGUAAUGAAGCUUUUACUAGACUGUUACGAUGUAUCAACGGAAUAUCACAACGAAGGGAUAAGAUAUUGUCUGUUCUGGCCAAAAAAGACAAAGGUUAGUGGUUUUUAAUAUUUUUCAUCGUUUCAGAAAGUAUUGAGGAAGCUUUUACAAUUAAAUAAAUAUUUUUGAAAGGUUACAUGAUGUUAAUGAUCAAAUUUGUAGAUUUUUUGUAUAAUUUAUCGUUUACGCUAUAAAAAGGGGACUAUAGAUAUGAUGAUAAACAAAAUUUUUUAGAAGAUGUAUCAAUGGACGAAGAAAUAAGUCAAACAUCUACAGAUUUAAAUAAUGAUCACGUUAAGGAGAUUGACCCGUUAUUAAGACAAGAAUUGUCUGAAGCUUUGGCCGAAAAUAAGCGAUUAGAAGCGCAAGUCUUAUUAUUGACUACAGAGAAGACAAAGUAUGCUCAUGCUGUAAGUUUUUACACUUUUGAUUUUUUUAGGUUUAGUAAGAUGCUUUUAAACUUACUGCAGAUGGUUAAAGAUUUUCAAAAACAUUAAAACUGAUGUCUUGAGUUUAAUGUCGUUAUUUAUGAAGAUAUAGUUAAGCAAGAACUAUACGUUAAAUAAUAUUCAUUACUUUUAGUUAGCUUUGAAGAAAGACGAAAAAGAAGUUACAGAAUCAACAAAGGACAAUUUAAAAAGUCAGUUGGAAGAUGCCAAAUUUGAAUUAACAAAGUCGAUCAGCAAAGAAGAAAAGUUGGAAAGUCAAAUAAUUGAGGUAAAGACUGAUAUUUUAUGACAUUGUGUUUAAAAACAAAAUUUUGAAAAAGUUUUUGAAAGCUUGAACAUUUAUUAACAUUUAUACGUUGUUACCUGUUAUAUUAUCAUUUAUUUUAACUACAUUUCAGUUGAAACGUCAGCUAGAUCUAGCCAAAGUGUCUCCAGUGAAGGAUGACAAAGAUAAAGAAGACAAAUCCAAACCUGAAGGUGAAGCAACUCAAAUGUCAUCCAAGGAAGUGGAAGAGCUGCAGGCUGAAGUUGAAGUUCAAACUGAGUUAGCGGAGAAACGGUUGACAGAGCUUAAUGCUUUGAACACACAAAAUCAAGAAUUGGCUGCCAAAAUUGUUGAACUCAACAAUGCGGUAAGGAAAAAUAUGAUAUAUAUUUUUAAAAGGAUAGCUAUAUAAGUAUAUGGUAUGGUGAUAAACAAUAUGUUUUAGAUCAAAUUCUUGCCUACAAGUGUCAUUCAAGGAUCUCCAGAUUUUAUCGUGCUCACGUUGAAGUACACUAAUCUUGUUGAGGAAGCCAAACGGGUUGAGUAAGUAAAACACUAUAUCUCUUGUUACGUGGUUGUAAUUUUUUGAAAGUUUUUUUUAGAUAAUUUAAAGUUGUUAAUUAAUUAUUUCUUUUAAAUUAUUUCUUUCACUGUUUUAGUCGGGACAACGCAAUUUUAAAGAAUCAUAUUAUUGAACUACGGCAAAGUUAUGAUGCUCAAGUUGCUGAUCUUAAGGUAAUUUUAAAUCAAAUUUUUAAAUGUUAAAGUCGAUUAUUUUUUGAAAUGUUAUAUUACUUUUCGUAUGUUUAAGGAGAUGGGAAUGUGGUGAUUAUUUUUUAUUUGAUUUAUUUUUUAAUUUUUGAUUGCAGUCAGAAUUCACGAUAGGAAUGGAGCGGCUACGCGAGAAUUGCACGGUGAUGAGUUCCGAAUUGUUGUCAGUUAAGAAAGAAUGCACUUUAAUGGAGCUGGAAUUCAAACAAAAGUAUGAAAGCGAUGCAUUGGAAGCACGGAAUUACAAAGAAAUGAAACGAUAUCUGGUAUCGUUGAAUGGUGAACUGAAAAGAAAAACAGAAGAGAGCGACAGACACAGAAAGGAGCUCAAGAAGCUGAGGGAGGAUUUGGAUAAGGUGGUAAGGUUGAACAUUAUUGUAUUAGAACCUAACAAGGCAUUCGAAUCUCAGUUUGCGUUUCCUUAGUCUUCUCUUAAAAUUUUAUGAUUAAAAUAAGCGUAGGGGGCUGUACUUUAAUUUCUUACUCUUUACAUUAAAGUUAUCAUAUUUAAUGCUUUAGAAGAAGGAAACGGACAUAAAACCGAAGAUAGAGCACAUCGAAAUCAAGGCAGAGCCAAUUAAAGAGGAACCACCCCAAACUCCAGAAGGCGAACGCUACAAAAAGGAAAUCAAUCGCCUGACAAAGCAAAAUGAAAAACUUCAAAAGCAAAUAGAUUCUUAUGCAAAUUCAGAACAAGGCCUGAUGAGUGAAAUCGAAAACACAGCUACCGCAGUAGAAGAACUUAUGAGUCAGAACACGGCUUUAACUGAGCGAAUCACAGAACAAGAAGAAGCAUGCAUCAAAAUGGUCAAAGAUGCUCUCCAGAACGAAUCCAUUUGCCGAACAUACAAACAAGGUCUGGAAGUACUGGAACAGAAACUAAAGACAGUCGAAAGUGCCAGAGAUACGUUGAGUUUUGAGCUACAACAACAUGCCGAGAAGUCCGAGGUUUGUAAACAAACAGCUACACUUCUGGAGUCGAGUACAAGAAGAUUGAAUGAAGCCUACGAGAACUCUCGGCAAAGCUUGGUCAAUUUGAAUGUAGAGUUGUCCGAAUUGAAGAUAAGACAUGAGAAACAGUCGGCCGAACUUCAGGAUCUGAAGCAACAGUUGAAGGAGAAGGUACAGAAGAUGGAGGGGUCCAGGACUAAAAUUAAUAGGCUGAAGGAGGAGAAAUCAGUCCUGAAGAAGAAGCUACACAGGGCCAAACAAGCAGCAGAUUGCGAGAACUUUGACGAAUUGUUGAUGGAGGAAAACAAAAUGUUGCGGGUAAGGUUGUUAGCUGUUUUUUGGUUUACUGGGCUUGAUUUUGUAGCAAGUAUAAUAUCAUUAUUUAUGUUUUAUAGAUUUUAUGAUUAGCUGGACGUUUUUAGUAUGCAGAAGGUAUAGGAGGGUUAAAAAUAGUAUAAAACGGUGGAAUAACAUAGUAAAGGAUAUUGCUCUAUAUUAUAGAAAAGGAUAUUAUUGUAUAUGAUCUUUUACAUAUUAACUUUGUCUUUUUCCAGGAAUCCCUCGCAUGUCCAAGUUGUAAAACAGGCGAUAAGAACACAGUAUUGACCAAAUGUUUCCACGUCUUCUGUAUGGAGUGUGUGAAGAAGAGGUACGAUGGUAGAAGCCGCAAGUGCCCCAAAUGUAACGCCGCGUUUGGUGCCAACGACUUCCAUCGUAUCUACAUUGAAUGA